CAUUCCGAUUUCCUCUACUUCUAUCCUGAAUUCCAUCAAGCUUCGAUUCAAAUCGACAAUGGCGGACAAAAACGCAGUGAAUCAUGGGAAGGAAUACCCAGGCAAGGUGACACCUUUCGUUCUCCUCACAUGUCUCGUCGCCGCCACCGGCGGCCUCAUUUUUGGAUACGAUAUCGGCAUCUCCGGCGGAGUCACAUCAAUGGAAUCUUUCCUUCUCCGAUUCUUUCCGUCGGUCUACCUCCAGCAGAAAAAGAACUCCUCCACGAAUGAGUACUGUAAAUUCAACAGCGACCUCCUCACACUAUUCACAUCUUCCCUGUAUAUAGCCGCCCUUAUCUCCUCCUUCUUCGCCUCCACGGUGACCAGAGUAUUCGGUCGCAAGUGGUCCAUGUUCGUCGGCGGCCUCAUCUUUCUCAUUGGCGCGGCGCUCAAUGGCGUGGCGGUGAACGUGCUGAUGCUGAUCCUCGGCCGCAUCCUUCUCGGCAUCGGCGUCGGCUUCGCCAAUCAGUCCGUCCCUGUUUACCUCUCGGAAAUGGCUCCGGCCAGAAUUCGCGGCAUGCUGAACAUCGGUUUCCAGAUGAUGAUCACCAUUGGAAUCCUCAUCGCAAAUCUCAUCAACUACUGGACGGCUCAAAUCCAGGGGGGUUGGGGCUGGCGGGUGAGCCUUGCACUCGCCGCCGUCCCGGGCGCUAUUAUCGCCUUCGGCGCAUUGUUUCUCCCCGACACCCCAAACUCCUUGCUUGAGCGCGGGCACGAAGAAGCGGCCAAAACGAUGCUCUGCAAAGUGCGCGGCACCGAUGAAAUACAUGAAGAAUUUCAAGAUCUCGUGAUCGCUGGCAACGACUCGAAGGCCGUGAAGCACCCAUGGAAGAACAUUAUCGAGCGGAGAAACCGGCCGCAACUCACCUUCGCAAUACUAAUCCCCUUCUUCCAACAGCUCACCGGCAUAAACAUGAUCAUGUUCUAUGCCCCUGUUCUUUUCAAAACCGUGGGCUUUGGCGCCCAGGCUUCGCUCAUGUCGUCCGUUAUCACUGGUUUGGUGAACAUGGUGGCGACCACCGUGUCCAUCGUAUCGGUGGACAAGGUGGGGCGGCGGGCGUUGUUUUUGCAAGGCGGAGUGCAAAUGCUCGUCUGCCAGAUCAUAGUCGGCGCGCUUAUCGGGGCGAAGUUCGGCGUGACCGGAGCGCACACCGAGCUAUCCAAGGGCUAUGCCGCCCUGGUGGUGACGUUCGUUUGCUUGUAUGUGGCGGCGUUUGCUUGGUCAUGGGGUCCGCUGGGGUGGCUGGUGCCGUCGGAGAUCUUCCCUUUGGAGAUCAGGUCGGCGGGGCAGAGCAUCAACGUGUCGGUGAACAUGUUUUUCACGUUCGUUAUUGCUCAGUUGUUUCUGAACAUGCUCUGUCACAUGAAAUUCGGUCUAUUUUUCUUCUUCGGCGGAUGGGUUAUUGUAAUGACUGUUUUCAUUGCGCUAUUGUUGCCGGAGACGAAGAAUGUGCCCAUAGAGGAGAUGGUAUUUGUGUGGAAAAGGCAUUGGUUUUGGGGCAAGUUUAUCCCUGAUGAGGCGCUGCAUGUCGGAAAGGGCGUUGCUGUUUGAUCAAAGCUAUUGUUUUUCUUUUUUUUUUUUGGAAAAAUUUCUGGUUUAAUUUUUGGUGAAUGUUGCUAUGAUUUGCU